GUGACGUUAGUAAAUCAAUCUGUAACGCUAAUUACAGUUGGUGGUACAGAUAUUGAGAUCUUGGACGGUAGUAUUGUAUUGACAAGCAUUUAGGAAGAUACGAUGCGGUGGAGAGACAUUGUGCUGGCUGUGGUAUGGUUGGGCUGCGUGGCGCGGUUUUGCAGAGCGGAGAGCUUAGAUCUGAACCUGCGCACAUCUUCGGCGUUGCAGGUGAACCAGGUGUUAAGAACUCUGUACACCAAGGGAGACAUGGUGCAGCUGAAGGAGAUCGCAGAGCAAGUCGUGCAGCAGAAUAACUCGAAAGGUAAUAGCCAAAUUGAAGAAUUGUAUCGUUAUAUUAGUAAUUUCAACUGCAUGUGUAGUACUGCAGGAUCUGAGUUUCCCGAGUGUGUUCCAGUACCUUGGGGUGGCUCAGUACUCUCUUGGGGAUCUGGAGGAGGCGACAAAGACAUUUGAGUUAGCCGUCAAAGUCAAUGAGAAUGACGCUCAGAGUUGGGUACAUUUAGGGACUUGUUAUCUUUGUCAGAAGAGGUUACCUGAAGCGGUAGCUGCAUUGGAAGUGGGGGUGAUGCAGAAAGGGUCGACCAAAGGCUUAAACGCUCUCGUUAAGGCGAGGAACUGGAUGGCGGAUUGGGAAGACAGAGAUGGCUCGCUGACUCAGGUUAAGGAAAUGUUGGAAGAGGGGCUGAAAUUGGGACAACUGCCUGAUUUAAAUGCGUAUGAUGUUGUGGAACUCCCACCAAAGACGAUGGUGGAGCUUCGUCGACGUGUAUAUGAGGAACUAGAGACAUCGACAGAGCGGCUUUGCUGCGAUGAACGCAUCAAUCUGAGACUACAAGCUCCAGAAUUGCGAAUUGGUUUCGUGUCGUCGGAUUUCGGUGUACAUCCUGUAUCGUCGCUGCUACGUGGUUUACUAGCCUUGCUGUCGAGCUCGGAUCAUCAAACGAAAGUGUACUGUUUUUCACUAUUAGACGCGUCGUCAUGGUGGAGCAGAAAUAUCUCGCGCACAGUAGACUUCAUGAUAUCGCUGAAGGGUAAAAAUUCUCUCGACGCAGCGAAAAUUAUUCAGUCGCACGAAAUCCACGUGCUUGUGGACUUAAAUGGACACACACUGCACUCCGGGAUUAGCAUUUUCACUCAUCGUCCCGCCCCCCUUCAAGUAGCGUAUCUCGGGUAUCCGAUGACGACCGGAUACCCUUCUAUCGAUUUUGUUGUGAGUGACGGUGUAGCGACUCCAGCUGAGACGAGUGGAGGGAGUUUCUCCGAGAAGCUUCUUCUACUACCGAUGCACUACAUUGUCAAUGAUCACCUUCAAAUGCUGGGUCACACACUAGAAGGCAAGCGACCGAGGCUUUCACCAUACUUUGAUUUAGACGACAAUACCUUCGUUUUCGCCACAUUCAGCAAUUGGCAGAAAAUGGACCCUUCCGUUUUCAGUGCGUGGAUGGAGAUUUUGGCUCGUGUUCCGUCCAGUGUGAUGUGGUUUCAGGAAUAUUUCGGCCACGAAGGAGCGAUCACGAAUCUUCGGAAUGAAGCGGAAGCGCACGGUAUUAACGACAACAGACUUAUUUUUUCGUCGCUCGAUUCGUGGAUUGACCACACUUACCGAAAGCGAAUCGCUGACCUUAUUCUCGAUACCCCUUUGAAAAAUGGCCACACUACCAUCCUCGACGCGCUGUGUGCUGGUGUGCCUGUGAUCACUUUGGAAGGAGAUCAGAUGCACAAUCGAGCCUCUAGCUCUGCCUUGAACGCACUGGAUUUACACGACUUGACGGUAAACUCGUUCAAAGAAUAUGUCGAAGUUGCAGUCUAUCUUGCUACCCACAAGCACGUGCUCCAAAAGCUUCGCAAGAAUGUGGAAGACAACCGCUUGCACUAUCCUCUUUUCGAUACAGCCAAGUAUGCAACCAAGUUCGAGGAGGCAAUCAAAGUUGCGUGGCAGGUGAAAAAAUCGAGACUACUAACUGGUAAACCGACGCGAGAAAUGCACAUCUUCCCAUCUAUCCAGUCUUCAACUGUGAUGCCACGCAGUUUUCCUGUUCUGUCAGCAAAAGAAGACAGCAACGCCGAAGACGAAUACAUCGUGCGUGUUCAAAAUGCAUUAGAUACUCAACAACCGAUUCGACUUCACAUCGGUGGCCACAUUAAAAGUCCGGACUGGUGGAUCGUCGAUGCCAACGACGGAGAUAUCGUAGACUUUGUCAUGUACAUUUCCAAUCUGUACGCGUUCCGAGACAACUCCGUCGAUACAAUCUACUCAUCACACGUUCUAGAGCACUGCACACAUGGAUUUGGUCACGAGCUCGAACAUACGUUGCGUGAAUGGCAUCGCGUCCUGCGUCCUGGCGGGCAGCUUCUCGUAUCUGUCCCUAACCUUUUCGCUCUUGCCACACUUUUUACUAAUGAGAGCAUACCGCACCAACAUCGCGUGUGGAUUAUGAACGUCAUAUACGGUGGACAGAUCGACCAGUACGACCUCCACAAGGUUGGGUUCGACGAGACUAUCCUGGUCGCCUAUCUCAGUCAAGCUGGCUUCUGCGACUUCACGCGGCACGACGACUUCGGGCUCUUCAACGACUCCAGUACCCUCGUCGUGUACGACACCCCCAUCAGCCUCAAUAUCCAAGCCCGCGCUUGCAAGUGACAAAUAGUUGCAACAAAAAGGCAAUAACACGUCACAACGCGUGAUUAUUCGUGAUGAUUACUCUUACAUACCAACUUCAACAUACAUGAACAAGUUAUGUGGCGCACACCAGAAGCCU